UGCUCUUUCUUUCUUUUUUCCCCUUCAAUUAAGUAUAAUCGUUCAGUAAAAUGGGUAGUUCCAGACCUACCAAUCAUCACCGUAAAGCAAUUAUGUCAAAAAUGACUGCUACAACUAUACGAAUUAGUUCGUUAGCUGAUAAUGCUACUACUGCUGCCGCACUUCCGACCCCGCCUAAUUCAGCAACGAGCAAAAAGCCCAAUCAUGCAUCAACAAUAUGCAAUAAUGCGGAUACUCCAAAAGCGAACAAUGAUAGCAACAAAAAAAUUUCAAAUAAUAAUAGAAAACGUUCUAUCAGCUCAAGUAGUAAUAGUACGAACAGAGCCAAUACACCAGAAACAAAUCAAAGAUUGACUCCAGGCAUCGCAGGAUCAAGAAGUAUGUCGACAAACAAUCUACUUGACAAACGACAGCUACGGCCUUCCUCAGCACAAACCAAUCAUAGUUUUGGUAGUGAAAGUAGAAGUAGCAGUAGCAAUAGCCGUACCUCUAAUGGUUAUGCUACGCGUAGAGCCAUGAUGGUCUCUCCAGCACCUACAGCUCCUUUACCUGACUUCAGCCAUGUGAAGUCCAAAAUCGGUUCGCUGGACAAUAUAAAGCAUAAACCCAAUAGUAGCACGAAAAAGAUAUUCAAUGAGAAUCUUCAAAGCCUUAAAGAGCGUAUGUCAGCUCAUGUCAGCUCUAAAGUAGGAUCCAAAGAGAACAUCAAACAUAAACAAGGAGGAGGCCAUGUUACGAUCUAUGAUGAUAAAGCGGCGUUUAUUAAAAGCAAAGAAGUCAAGUCAAAGAUUGGUUCUUUAGAAAACGUUAAGCAUAAGCCAAAAGGUGGCGAUGUGAAGAUCUACGAAGACAAGAGCGUAUACACAAAAUUUAGCAAGGAGACAGCCAAGUCAAAAGUGGGCUCUUUAGAAAACGUGAAGCAUAAACCGGCAGGUGGUGAUAUCAAAAUUUAUAACGAUAAGACGCUAACAGCAAAAUUGAAGGAUAUAAAGCCAAAAGUAGGAUCUAGAAGACAUUCAAAGGCAACACAGCGACAAGAUAGUAGCAGCAGCAAUAUAUCUACCUCAAACGUAAACGAUGUAGACAUUGUAGUCUCGACAACGGCCGCACCAAGUUCAGGGAAUGGAGUAGUAAGUUUACCUGCUCUAUUAGCUGUUGAAAAUCUAGGAGAAGAAAAAUUCCAGUUGGAAAUGUUACCGCCAAAAGACUCUGUGAAUAGCGAUAAAGGGGCAGUUGUGGAAACAUUUCCACACUCGUCGGCUUUAAUAGUUGAUGGAACAAGCACUAAGGGUGGACUUUUAUGAAUGUCCUUGUGAACCAAACUAAAUAAGAAAGUGAUGUCUAUGAUGUCUAUGAUCUUCAGUUCAAGGCUUGCUUUUUCAAGGGCAAAAUAUGACAGUAAAACGCAUUUUAUUGCUUGCUAUAAUGGUAGCUUGUUUUGGCAGAAGAUAACAAAAAUGCUUAAAUAAAAACCGAUUAACCCAAC